CACUGUUGUUCAAUUGCCUGCUUCACUACCUCAUACCACUUAUUGCGAGACUUUAUACGCAUUUUGCUUGAGCAAUUGAUUAAGGAGAGAAAGGAGCAAAGAUGGCAGCAGCGUCCGCAUUCUCAAUGUUCUCUCUCGAGGGCCAGACGGCCAUGAUUACAGGUGCGACGAGGGGCAUUGGACAAGCAGCUGCCGUCGCAUUGGCAGAAUGCGGGGCAGAUAUCCUUCUGAUACAGCGUGAUCGAAGCAACACCGAAACCCAAAAGAAAAUCGAAGCCCUAGGUCGAAAAGCUACCAUCUACACCGCAGACCUCUCUUCCCAAGAAGAAGUCAAAGCCCUGACUCCAAAAGUGCUGGCAGAUGGACACAAGAUCUCCAUCUUAGUAAACUGUGCCGGGAUCCAGAGAAGACACCCUAGCGCCGAAUUCCCGGACAAUGAUUGGAACGAGGUCAUCCAAGUAAACCUCACAACAGUCUUCACCCUCUGCCGCGACAUCGGCUCGCACAUGCUCUCCCUCCCUCCCUCCCCCCUCACCUCCCGCCGCGGCUCGAUAAUCAACUUCGCCUCGCUACUCACCUUCCAAGGCGGGCUCACCGUGCCCGCGUACGCAGCAUCCAAAGGCGCGGUCGCGCAACUCACCAAAGCGCUGGCGAACGAGUGGACCAGUAAGGGUAUCACGGUGAACGCGAUUGCGCCGGGCUAUAUCGAGACGGAGAUGAAUACGGCACUGUUAAAGGAUAAGGAACGCUUGAGGAGUAUUAGUGAGAGGAUUCCGGCCGGGAGGUGGGGAGUUCCCGGGGAUUUUAGGGGGAGUGUGGUGUUUUUGGCGAGUGCGGGGAGUGCGUAUGUUAGUGGGCAUGUUUUGGUUGUUGAUGGGGGGUGGAUGGGGAGGUAGGUUUGUGUGGGGGGUUGGUUUGUAUGUUGGUAGAGUAAAGGGAUAGAUUGUUUAGAUUGGGG